AUUCCUUUUGAUAUACGACCGCUCUCUUUCUCAUUGGUAAAAAAUUCAACCGCCGUUUCUGAAGUAUUUGAAGACUUUGAAGGUUAGUCAGAUAGAUCAUUUAGAUCAGUGAAGACGGUAAGCAAUAAAUGAUUACAGAAAAUAUUUGCCAACACUUGUGAAUUAGUAAGCGAAGAUUUUGUAAGCUGCUUCUCAUAGAGAGAGACAACGCACACCCUUCGCGCUUGAUCGUGAUUUUGCGGUAAAUUUGAAUCAGGCAGAAUGGAGCAGAUUUUAUCCAAUAUAAAAGAGUGCCUUUUGUUAUUCAAUUAUCCUCUUUCCAAUAGCAUGACCGAAGAAGAGUUGGGAGAUAUAUUCCACAUUUCCAAUAGAUGUUUCUUGAUUUCUUGGAUGUUGAAACUCCUAGAUGAUUCCUACAAAGAUAUUGUGAAUCUUGAAGAGAAUAAGCAAAAUGAAGAAGUUCUCGGAAGUCUUAUUUGUGAACUAGGCUUUUGCAGUAAAAGAGAUCAAUCAUCAUUUAUGAAUGGAGAUUUGGAUGUUUCUAAACAACUGGACAUACUCUAUAAGAUGUUCAAAUAUAUCAAAUUGGUGAAAGAACCCAGUCCUGAGAACCACAUACCUUCAGUUUCGAAUGGAGACAUAACUCUUCUGACAAAUAAAAAUUUAAAUUUAUUUCCUAUGUAUGGUGACAUCAAAACAUCUAACUCUUCAGAAGACUAUUCGGAUAAGAUGAGAUUAUCAGACAAUGCAUCAGGAAGUGAAAAUGAUUUAACUGUAGUCAGUGAAGUCCUGGAUGAUAUUGAGACACUUGUUAAAGAGCUUCGCCAAUAUUUACCAAAGCUAGAACUGGCUGCCCAGAAUCUCCCUAAGGAAGAUAUAUCUUCUGAAGAAAAAAUUGUAUUUCGUCCUAGUUAUAGAGAAAUAUUAUGUCGUUGUAAUGAAUCUAUUAAACAGGUUAACCAGUUUGUUCAAAACUUAAACACCAUAGAGAAGUUCAGUAAAUCUGAUCUCAAUUUUGAUAAACUGAGGACCAGUACUGAUGAAUCUAGAGAAAUGCUGAAUAAUCUGUGGGAGGAAAUACUUGUUACUUUGAGGUAUCAACAAAUGAAAUGAAGAAAUCGAAUAAUUUUCCAACACUAUAAUAUGGAAAAUACAAAAAGACUUGUAAUAUAUUUUUGGCUAAAAGAGAUGAAAAAAGCUUGAUGCUUGAU